AGGAGGCGGAGGAGGAAAAGAAGGAGGAGGAGAAGGAGGAGGCGGGGGGAGCCAGUUCUCCCGUCCGGCCCGCGGCAGGAAACAAAGAGCCAGGCAGGCAGCGGAGAGACGGGGAUGCUGCAGCUACAGGAAUGCCCAAAGAAAAGUACGAUCCACCUGAUCCACGGAGGAUGUACACAAUUAUGUCCUCAGAAGAAGCAGCCAAUGGAAAAAAAUCACACUGGGCAGAGUUGGAAAUAACUGGGAAAGUAAGAAGCCUGAGUUCAUCCUUGUGGUCGCUGACCCACUUGACAGCCCUGCAUCUCAGUGACAACUCCUUAUCCCGUAUUCCUUCAGACAUUGCCAAGCUUCAUAAUCUAGUGUAUUUGGACCUGUCAUCUAACAAAAUUCGCAGUUUACCAGCAGAACUCGGAAACAUGGUAUCACUCAGGGAACUCCAUUUAAAUAACAACCUGUUACGAGUUCUACCAUUUGAGCUGGGAAAAUUGUUUCAGUUACAGACAUUGGGGUUGAAAGGAAACCCUCUUACGCAGGAUAUUUUAAAUCUCUAUCAGGAACCAGAUGGAACAAGAAGGCUACUGAAUUAUUUGCUUGAUAACUUGGCAGGUACUGCAAAAAGAAUUUCAACAGAGCAACCACCUCCCAGAUCAUGGAUUAUGUUGCAAGAACCAGAUCGGACAAGACCAACAGCUCUGUUUUCUGUCAUGUGUUACAACGUCCUCUGUGAUAAAUACGCUACUCGGCAGCUAUAUGGCUAUUGCCCAUCAUGGGCGUUGAACUGGGAAUACAGGAAAAAAGCUAUUAUGCAGGAAAUCUUAAGCUGCAAUGCUGACAUCAUAAGCCUUCAGGAGGUUGAAACGGAACAAUACUACAGUUUUUUCCUGGCAGAACUGAAGGAGCGUGGUUAUAAUGGGUUCUUCAGUCCAAAAUCUAGAGCUAGGACAAUGUCGGAACAGGAAAGAAAGCAUGUUGAUGGCUGUGCAAUAUUUUUCAAAAUUGAAAAGUUCACCUUGGUUCAGAAACAUACUGUUGAAUUCAAUCAGUUGGCAAUGGCAAACUCCGAGGGAUCUGAAGCAAUGUUGAACAGAGUGAUGACAAAAGAUAACAUUGGAGUUGCUGUGUUGCUGGAGCUACGCAAGGAGUUAAUAGAAAUGUCAUCGGGCAAACAACACCCUGCAGUGGACAAACAGCUGGUCCUUGUAGCAAAUGCACACAUGCAUUGGGACCCAGAGUAUUCUGAUGUGAAGCUGGUUCAGACCAUGAUGUUCCUUUCUGAGGUGAAGAACAUCAUUGACAAAGCCUCUCGUAGUCUCAAGACUGGUGUUUCGGGAGAUCAUGCAUCUAUUCCCCUUGUUUUGUGUGCUGAUCUCAAUUCCCUGCCAGAUUCUGGUGUGGUUGAAUAUUUAAGCACUGGUGGAGUGGAAACAAACCAUAAAGAUUUUAAGGAACUGAGAUACAAUGAAAGUCUCACUAACUUCAGUUGUAAUGGGAAAAAUGGAACCACCAAUGGAAGGAUUACUCAUGGUUUCAAGUUAAAGAGUGCCUAUGAGAAUGGCCUAAUGCCUUAUACAAAUUACACAUUUGAUUUCAAGGGUAUUAUUGACUACAUCUUCUACUCUAAACCUCAACUGAACAUUCUUGGCAUCUUGGGACCUUUGGAUCAUCAUUGGUUAAUAGAGAACAAUAUAAGUGGCUGUCCCCAUCCACUCAUUCCUUCUGACCACUUCUCACUUUUUGCACAACUGGAGCUGGUGCUGCCUUUUCUGCCCCCGGUAAAUGGAAUCCAUCUGCCUAGCAGGAGGUAGUCAAGUACAUUUUAGAGGGCAACCUCAAACUUAUUUGUAAAAAAAUUGUAAAAUCUGAAUAUAGAGGAGUGAGGUAUGGCCAACAGGGAUCUUUCUUAAUGAUCUUAAUUUUAAAUCUAGUUAUUUGAUAAAAGAAAUAGUAAAAGCCAGGUGCUAUCAGACACACAAUUCUGAGCCCAACAUGCUUUGUAUACUGUUAGACAGGGAUUGGUGCAUUUGCGCCUUUCUUAGAUUUGUUACAAAUAAUCUUGUUUGUUCUAUCCAAUGUACUAUUUCAUGCCUUGAAAAUAGGGAAUUACUAUAAUAAAUUCUCUUUGCACAGAUAUCUGUAGCACUACUUUUUGAGGCCAGUAGUAAACAUCAAAAGACCAUUCUUCCAUACUUCACUCCCUUCUUUUUCAGACUUGUUUGUUUGUAAAAUAUAGAAUUUGAAUUUAGCCUUUAUUGAUUGUAUAUGAACAACAGAAAACCUGAUUUAUGAGAUUUUGUACUUUAAAAAAAUCAGAUUUGGAAAAUGAUUGUAUUGUAAACUAAGGCUAAAUUUUUAUCUGUUUCAUGUGUUAUAAAGGCCAGCUUGUAAAAGAAGUUGCACCAGGCUUUCUCUGCUAAUGAUUUGCACUGUUAGGGUGUUUAGCCCUUAUGUACUACUUUGUUUUUUAAAAAAUUGAGAACACUGCUUUUAAACCCAAAUUGGUAAAACCGUAGCAUAUUUCUUCAAGUUAGUUAACAUACUCCCCCCUUUUUUUCUUUUUAACUUGAAGCAACAGCAUAAACUUGUUCUCAGAACAGAACAGAUAAGCUUAAGCAGUGACUGAUUAGGCUUUUGUGGAUUGAUAGCUGUUAUCAGUGUGCAUUCUAGCACCACUUUUUUCAGAAGUGGAACUGCAGAACCUUGUGUACAGCUUCUUAAUUUCUGUGUGUCAUGUCAUCCUUUUCCUGUAUCCACUGUGCCUGCUUAAUUUUGUUCUCAGUUAGCACUGCCUGUGCAUGCAGAGAGAACCUGUGCACCCUCUUUUAUUUUUUUAAAUAAUGUUAACAUUUUGUGAAAAUUUUAUGAAGAUACUUUUGUAUAAGCUGUGGCAUCUAUUUUUUUUCCUUGUGAAACAUUGAAUAUCACUUUUUGAACAUGUUCAGAUCGUGGGUACACAAAUUCUAAGCUUCUGAUACCCAUGCACUGCUUCUUUCAGUGUCAUUGCACAAUGCUGUUUGUGUCCCCUCCCCACUAAAUACCAUCAUGUGAAUUAUUUCAGUUUAAGUGUGUUCCUCAGUCAUUCCUUAAAGAGUAUACCAUCUUCAGUUUAUGAAGCAGUGUAACUAGAGAUGCAUUUUCAGCACAGGUUCCCUAGACAACACUUCAGAUCGAUCAUUAAAGUGACCAAGUCCUAGUCUAAAGUGUCAAGCAAAACUAAGGUUAUAACGUACCCUUAUAGUGCCAUUAGAGUUGGAAAGCCAAGUAUAUAAAAAUCUGUCCUAAAAGGGAGAUCCUAUGUAAUCCUUAGCAAAUUACUUCCACUAACCUAUUUCAUAUUUAGUGAGAGAACUUGGUCAAACUGCUUUUGUUUCAACUGCAGGCAGAGGAACAAAAGCUCACUCUUGAAUUGAGAAAUUCUGAAUAUAGUAAAUUUUAAAAAACAAAUGAAUCUUAGUAAUAAUGAUUGAAAAUUUUAUAAAGAAGAAACUAUCAGCACUUACAGUGCAUUACCAUUUUGUUUUAAAAAGAGAACAAUAAAUUCUCCAAAUGUUCAUGUUAAGCAAAAAGUGUUUUAAAAUUCCAGAAGGAAAAUUCCAGAUCUCGAAUCCUUGUCUGGGACCUGAUUUUUUGUUACUUGUUUUUUAGUUGUGCAAACACCAAACAUGUCCAGUUUAUAAUCAGUACAUCGGAAUGCUGGUAAUAAUUGAUGUAGUAGAUUCAAUGCAUAGUGUUGCUUUUUUCUGUUCUUGUUUUUUGGGUUUUGGGGGUUAUUUUGUAAAAGUGUGAAUAAAAAGGUGUUUUACUCAUGUUUCCUUAACAAUGUGUUGAUAAUGUGCAUCAUGACAAUUCUCAGUGGCAAUGGAGCCGAUUUAGCUUGACAUUACUCAGCAACCUAUUUUUGUUUCCUGAUGAUCUGGAUGAUUUAAUAGUAUGUCCAGAAAGCUUUAUGGAAGGGAAGCACUUAUUCAUUUUGUAUUUCUUAGAAGGGGUUAAUUUUUCAUUUUUAAGCUGGAGCUUGAGUGCACUUGGUAAAUCCUAAAGGUUUAAGCUUUACACAUGUUUUCACCUAUAAAAUUUAUGGCAGCAUAUUAAAAGGUUAUGGCCCAUCCAUGUACUCAAGGACUCUUGCAAAAGACAUGUUGCAAUCUGUGUGCAAAUCACUUUUGGGAUAGUAAGAUUCUUGACAUAUGAGAGCUCAGAAAGCUGAUAGAUUCCUUUUGACUAUAGAUAUCCUUCUGUCAAAUCUUACAGCAAUGAUUUGAAGCUCACUUUGUGGAAAUUCUUUGCAUCUUUGCAAAAUGAUGUCAGUUGCACCAAACAUGUCUGGUGGUUUCAUAUCAAAGUCUACUGGUUUAAAAAACAUUUCCUGCUUCAAACAAAUUAAUACAUUUCAUGAACAAAUGCAAUAAACUAUCUGUCUUCAUAAAAGGCUAAGUUCUAGUAACCUUAUCACUUUAUUUACUGAAGGUGGCUUUGGAUGUUGCCAUAAUAUAUGUUCAGUGUUUCUUAUUAAUGUAAUCACAUGGUUUGUUUGUUUUUUUUUUUUUAAAAAAGCAUUGCUGGGAAUGAGGUUCUCUGUCCUCAUUCUCACAGUUUAAUCCAACCAGGUGUCUAAGGAUGAUCAUAUGUGAAAACCCAUGGAACUACAGUCUGCCAUAUUUCUGGUCGUUAACUUUCAUGCAUAGAUACACGUGCAUAAAUUCAAUUACAGUGAAAUUUAAGUGGGAAAUAAGUAUAAAACAUUAGGGGCUCUGAAUUUUUAAGACAGUAGCAGAGAAAAAUAUCUAGGAAAUGUGUGUAAUUAUUUUGUCACUUAUGUGUGGGUUUUAAAAACUAAACAAAUUUCAACUUUAAACUUAUUUGUGAUGCUGAUCUGCAUCUCCUGGUGCAACCUCUGAUAAAUAAGAUUAUAAGAUUUUUGUGGCUUAAACGUAGAAUAGGUUCAGACAUCAAGUUCUCACUUUAUCCAUGGGACAAAGAACUCAGACAAAAUAAUUGCACUAUCAUUUUCAAAGGAAUUAAUCGCACUGCAAAUGUUGCAACUUCUCAAAAUUACUGCUUAUGUAGUGAGUCUUUUUUUUCCUCCCAUCCAGCCUGAUACAGUAUUUUAGGGUAUGUUAACUCCUGCUAUACUUUUGGGUUGUGUAAGCUUUUUUAAAACGUAGGUAUAUUGGUAUGUUUAAGUAGUGUCUAAAAUUUAGAAUACCUAGUCUUUAUUCACAGUACUUCUGUAUAAUGUGUAAUGCACUGGACUAACUCUUGUUUACCAUAUGUGUAACACAAAAAAAACCAGCACAUCAUCUGCACUAAGCUCAAAGAAUGUUGCAUUUGUCUAUAGGCAGCUCUUCAAUAAGAUAAAUGGGAAAUUGAAUAUGGUCUGAUGGUAAACAAGGGCUUUUACUGUUCUCUUCAGUGGAACUUUCUUCUUGGUCAAAUUUUAACUAGCUAGUAUUAUAUUUAUAUACAGGGUUGUCUUUUUCUUUACCAAUGUAUUUUCCUACUCAUAGCUGACCAAUAAAUUCAAUAUCUGUUUCAAAUCUC